AUAUUAUUUUGGCCUAUGAAAGUAAAUUUAGGCAAGUAAAUUUAUCGAAUUCACGCUAGAUGCAAGGCGCUAAUAUCACACAAUGCACUUCUUACGGUUAUUUAGCGUACUGGUCAUCGGUACGCUAAUUGAAGGAUUCCAUCCAGACACUUGUUCGUCAUACACAACUAUAACUGGACAGUACCAACGAUCAUGUAAAUACACACUACAAUCAAACGACAUUGCCAUCAGUGACAACUUCCUGUCUGAAGGAUGGUAUCGUUUUGACAGUGGUGCUGGAAAUGAUAUGGUGACACAAGCACCUUCAAUCACACAAUGCGGUACCAUAUACCCGAUAUGGUUACAAGGAGAAUUACCGUCUGAUGCGGAUGGAGAAGUUAAUAGAACUGCCUGUAUAGUGGGAUUUGCCGGCCCAUGUUCAAAAACAAUUACCAUUCAAAUUAAAAGCUGUGGAGAUUUUAGGGUUUACCAUUUGGUACCGGCACCUCAGACAUCCACUGGAUACUGCAUAGGGGAAAAAUCGCCUUGUCCCUGGGGACAAACAUCAAAAACUGGAUUUACCCCUUGUCAAGAUUUCAUUCCCAAAAGCACAAACCCAUCGGUGAAUGUCUCAUUGGAAAAUAAACGUCUUCCAAACAUGCCUUUAUUAAUAAAACCAGUGGAACCUGUUUUUAAAUGUUUGUUUGGUGAGCCCUUUGGCGGUCCAUACUGGUAUGACACCUUCUGGUAUAUUAAUACGGACACUGUCAAAGUGGUAAAAUCACAACUGUACAACAGCAACCAAAGCUGGCUGUAUCCCAACGACUGGGUCGACAACUAUGAUUUAAAUAUGGUGGUACAAUGUUCAGUACGUGUUCGACAAUUCCAAAAAGGCAUCCCAGGUCAUCACAACUUCAGUGAAAAUUUUCCAGCUGGAAUGUUUCCCUCGUCCUUUUCACACAAACUCAAAGAAGGGGAAAUGAUUUCCAUAAAAUUAACAGUUACUGUCCCUGUUGGAUGUUUUGAUAUAAAUCAUCAAAAUAACUGUAAAACUAGUAUAUUCUUACUAACUCCGGAGUAUCGUUCUUCAACUGAUUCAUGCAAGCCUCUAAGUAACCAAGGUGGCUUAGCAUUUGACGAAAAGGGAUGUGGAAUUGUCAUCAAAAGCUCUACUUGGUGGGAAGAAAAGAUUCUUAAUGUUAUCGGCAAAUCAGAUGGAAUAAUUAAUCAUCUCGGAGAGAGAAACUUACAUAUCAAGCUAGGUUCUAUAACAGAAAGUCCAGACGAUAUAUCGAGAGUUUGGUACAACUUCACCAUGCCUGAUAUUAAGAUUCGUCUAUAUGACAAGGACGACCAUAUGACAAACAAACUGUGCUAUGCUGAUACAGAUCCCAGAAUGAAAACUUUUGACGGAAAAGCAUGGACGGCGUCUUUAGCAGGAGAAUUUGUCAUGUAUAGGGAUACACGAAGAAAAAUAACAGUGCAUGCUAUUUUUUCCUCUUGUAAGUGGAAUGAUUGGUCGGGUCAAGGAUAUUGUGGUUGCGGAAUUGCCGUUAGAGUAGAAAACUCUCUGUUUGCUUAUCGGACUUGCGAGAAAAUAUCCAAUCAUUUUAGUAAACCUCUAAUCCAUCAUGAUACUGUGUAUCAUAUUUGUGACGAUCGCCAUACGGUAGUAGAUAUUGGAAACCCAUAUACAACGAUAACUCUUCCUAAUGGAGCUCAAGUACAGUAUUACAUAGGGAAGAAUUGGCUUUAUGAAAUCCACGUUACACCUUCCAUCUUUGACGAGGGCAAUGUUGAGGGGUUAUGUGGAAACCCAAAUAACGACAGUUCUGACGAUUUCAUCCUUCAAGGGUCGACAGAAUCGACUUUAAACUCAACAGUCUUCCAAGCAAGUUGGAGGGUUGAUAUAAAUUCUACGGAGAGCCUCUUUGGUCCCAAUGCAGUGUUCAACAAUAAUAAUUUUGAGUUGCCGCGAUAUUGUGACUGUACUGAAGAAAUUAAAGACAAUGAAUACAGCAUUUCUAAAUACCACAAUGCAAAAUGUUCUGUUGCUUCAUCAGCUAUCAUGUGUUCCCAAACAACUCCAAAUAGUUUGACAUCAACGUGCACACACUACCAAAAUCGAUAUAAACGGGAUUCUAUUAAAAUGGAUUUUAACCGUCUUAUCGAAAAAAGAAGUGCAGAAAGUGAUGAAGUCAUCGAAAUUAUGCCCUUGACCAUUGAUCCGAGUUUUGAUCCAGACUUUAUUCCUCCUACUCCCUCAUGGAAGAAUGGUUGGAAUGAAGUAACCGCUCGCAAACACUGUGAAAAUAUCAUUCUCAACAACCCGGCUCGGAUAAGUUGUCAGAACUACAUUCCAUUGAAAGAAAGUACUGAUAUAUCGAUAGAACAAUGUGUCUUGGAUAUAAGGGACAGUGGGUCGACAGAGUUUUCAAAAUACACUUUGGAAUCUUUAAACCACUUUUGUUUAGAUCAAAUUAAAAAAUACGAAAAAUAUCAUGUGAAAAAUGGUUUUAAAAGAGCUUCCGUGGUAGAUGCAAUUGGAAAACUUGUUUGUCCUAAUGAUUGCUCUUCUCAUGGUGUCUGCAAUAAAGGACAGUGCAAGUGUAGAGCUCCAUACAUUGGUGUCGACUGUUCAUUCACUGCCUCAAUACCGCCAACCAAUGUUACCUUACCAGAAAACGGAUUAUGUAAAACAAGCAAACGUGCAUGCAAGAAAACAAACAUCUUCGGUUUUUUUCAUUCAGAAGUUGUAUACGCCAAAUUAGAGGAAUUUGAAAUAACAGAUCUGGGAAAGACAGACAGGCUUUCAACUGCAACCCUCAAAACAACGCAUAUUACCCCAACUAUUUUGCGAAUCAACUUGCCGACCAUUAACCUUAGAAGACGUUCCUCAUACGGGAAUUUAUAUGGAAUUGGUUUUCACAUUAGUUUGUCUUAUGACAAUAUGCAUUUUGGUGAAUCCAUGCCCAUUGUCAUUUUCAAUGAUAUCUGUUACACCUGUAGUGCGUCAACGUUGGAAUGUAACAUUACGAGAACAUGUGAGGAUUCAUCGUCAAGUCAAAACAUCAAUAUUAAAAAAGAGAAGGAAGGAAAUGAUAUUUCUCUAGCUUUGAUCACAGCUCUAUGUAUUGUUUCUGUCAUCAUCCUUGCGGUUGUAUGUGUUUUACUUUAUCUAAAGAUUAGAACGACUACCUGUUUAAGCCCAAAAAAUGACAUAAAAAGCCCAUCAUCCAAGUGUGGAGAGUGUUCCCCACAUCUUUACGAGACCACGAACACAGACAGCAUCACUUCCCAGCCUCCUAACUAUGAAUCCCUCAGCCCCAAAAGUUUUAUAACAACAUAGGUUUGCGGGCCAGGGCACCUUGAUACCAAUCAUUGUUAAAAAAUUCACAUAUGACUUGCAAUGGAAAGUGGUUUCUCUGGUUUUUCUAUU